AUGACGACACGAAAGAUCCUCGUUACCGGUGCCACGGGCAAGCAAGGCGGCGCUGUCGUCAAAGCGCUGCUUGCGAACCCUCCUCCUUUUGACUACGAAAUCCUCGCUGUCACCCGCAAGACCACCUCCAAUGCAGCCAAAGCUCUAGCCUCUGCGCCUCAAGUCACCCUCGUCGAGGGUGACCUCAAUGAUUGCACAAGCAUCUUCGCAAAAGCCGGAGGCGUCGGCGCGGUAUGGGGCGUCUUCUGCGUCACAUUACCCAAUCUCAAGAGCAAGGUAGAGGAACAGGAGGCACAGCAGGGGAUUGAUAUGGUGGACGCCGCCAUUGCGAGCAAAGUCAAGCACUUUGUCUAUACCUCUGUGGAUCGCGGUGGCGCGGACAAAUCUGAAGUGGAUGCCACCUACGUGGCGCACUUCGUAUCCAAGUACAAAGUGGAGAAGCAUCUAAAAGAAAAGGUCCGCGGAACGGACAUGACCUAUACCAUCUUGCGCCCGACGGCAUUCAUGGACAAUCUCAACCCAAGCCUUCCCGGUCGCAUCUUCGCUGCCACCUGGCAUACUUUAGGAGACAAGCGGCUUCAGUUGGUCGCAGUAAGGGACAUCGGUGUCUUGGCCGCCAAAGCAUUCGGCGCCGCGGAUACAGAAGAUUACAAAAACACGGCAAUCAGUCUGGCUGGGUGCGACCUGACCCAAGCCGAAGCCGAGGAGAUAUUUUGGAAGGUAUUGGGUCGACCCAUGCCGCGCUCAUACGACUUUGUGAGCGAUUUUCUCCUGUAUAUGGUGCCGGAAGCGGGCACGAUGGUUCGAUGGUUCAAGGAACAAGGAUACGGUGCCGAUCUGGAACAAUGUCGACGACUGAACGAGAAGAUGCUGGACUUUGAGGCAUACCUGCGCGAGGAGAGCGGCUUCAAGCGGUAA